AAAAGAAUCUUCCUCUUUUGUUUCCUUUGAGGUUAGAAGGCGGAGCUUCUCAUUGUCUUGGUUAGGGUCGUUCUUAAAGCCAUUUUAAGGUUUAUAAAGUGUGUUGUUAUGACUCACUUCGCUGCCUCCUUUGUGCAAUUUUAAAAGAAGGUUAAGCGGUAAACUUAAGAUGACCACCAUCUGUCACCUCUGGACUCUGCUGAUAAUUCACAGCGUAUUUGUAUGUGGAGACAUUCAAUUCCUAGAGAGGCAGGAGGGUGAUUCAGUGGACUUUCCAUGUGCCAUGAAACCCCGAAACCCCUCUCCAUUCGGCUUCUACAUGAAGCGCACGUGGCUGCAUCCCGGCAAAGUGCUUUUCAAAUACACCCGCACCAAGGCAGAUGUGAAAGACCCCGCCGACAUACAUCGCUUGGCGGUCAGAGGUGACCCCAACAACCAUUCCCUGACCGUCACUUUAUCUGAUCUGAGAGCCAACGACACUGACCGCUACUAUUGUGAGUUUGUGGUCGUCAAUCGGGCUGAGGACGAAUUCGUGCCGGGAGACACGGAAUUUUUCCUCCUGGUUAAUCCCGGUUGCACAUCCGGAAGCACCGACAACUACCGAGUACCACUGAGUCUAAGUUUGUACCCCCUCCCCGGUGGAUCAGUGGACAUCGGGCGCAUUGAUGUGUGCACGGGGGGCUCGGCCGUCGUCUCCUGUCUCCCCCCAAAUGGCGAGGACCUUCCGGUGGAGGGCGUGAGGUUGAUGCGGCGAAGAGGCCGAGGUCCUGUGGAGCUGCUUUACCACUCCCAGCGGCACCUGGUCGAUGGGCCCACCGCCACCUCCCGAUUCCAGUUGUGGUCGGCCCCGGGCCCCAGGGGCUUCACGUACAACCUAACCCUGCGACAUCUACAGCCUGAGGAUAGCGGCCUGUACAGCUGCCAGCUCCUUCUCCGGGGCCACCACGAUAUUAGCUCCUCACUCCAUAUGAGACAAGCUGUCUUUGUUUCUGUGGAAGGAGGGUCCUGUGGGUGCUCCAGCUACCGGACUCUGCUGUAUGCUCUGUCCUCUGCCGUGUUGGUCCUUCUAGUGUUGCUCGUUUUAAUACUCGUCUAUUACAAACGAGCACACAGCCGUGCCGCCUCACGCCCUGCGGCGCCCAUCUAUGAAGAGAUGUCAGGGGUGAAGACCCUCAGCGCUAAAAUGGACGACAUUGAGGUGUCAGAAUAUCGCAACAACAAAGUGAAGAGAAACUGCCCGGACAACCAUUACGAAACUCCCAUUAGGUCAGCUUUCUAAAUAUCACUGGCUUCUUCUUAGUUUACAAAAUUUGAAUCUGAAUUGGUUAUGAACUUUGUAGUUUUAUGUUUAUUUUUUUAUUAACCCUACCUAGACAUUACCAAUGCAGUUAGUUUGGGAGAAUUUCAGUAUAAAUUUUAAAUCGGGUGCACUGGUAACUUUUUCUAGUUAAUUUUAAAGAUAAUUAUAUAGUUUUGACAUUUUUAGUGUCUUGUCUAUUUGAGUUUUAUUUCAUUUACUAUUUGAUUUUAUUUCAAUGUGUACCGCACUUCUGUCAACAUUUGUAGUUUGAAAGUGUGAUCAGAAAUAAACGUGACUUUUUUCCAAGAAAUAAUCAACCUUUCA